AUGUUUCUGAACGGACGCAACGGAGCCACUGUGAAGCCUCUGCGGAAACCCAAGUGGGCGGCGCUGGGACUACAACUCCCAGAGGGCUUUGUUCGCACGGCGCCUGCGCGGUGCGCCGACGGGGGGGCGGUCGGGCCAUUUAAAUGUGUGUUUGUGGGCGAAAUGGCUGCGCAGGUCGGAGCGACGCGCCUCGUCCGGGCUACGGCUGCCACGGCGGCUGCCAAUGCGGCGGCUGCAACGCAGGAAGAAGCGGACAAAGACGGGAAGGAGAAGCCGUGCACUCAGCCUCGAGGGGUGAAGCGAGCGCGCCGAGCGAGUAGCAGCGCCGCUGGAGGAGUCUCCCAGGAGAAGCGAGGGCGGCCCAGUCUGGAAGCUCCACUUGCACCGCCGCCGCCUCCUCCUCCUCCUCCUCCUCCUCCGCCGCCGCCGCCGCCUCCUCUGCACAGGAGGCAGAGGCGUCGCAGUCGCCCCCAGACGGCGCCCCCCAGCAUCCAGGCUCGCCCCGCGGUGGAGAAUCUGCACCUCUCGCCUCCCCCCGGCGCCUCCACUUCCACCUCGGCUUCCACCUCCAUUGUGGCCUCCUCGCCUGCCGCCGCAGCCCUCUUCACCUUCUCACCCCUCACGGUGCGCCCUGCCCUCGGACCCAAGGCCAAGCGCCACAAGCACCGCCACCACCACCACCACCACCACUACUUCCACAGCAGUCGCGCCUCCCAGGCUCAGCCUCUUCCUCCUGCUCUUCCUCCUCCUCCUCCUCCUCCUCCUGCAACUCUCCUCAGCUCUUCUCAGGCCAAGGAGAGCAAGCAAGAGAACGGGGAGCAGCGCCCCUCGGGGGGCCCCCUGCUCAAGGCCCCCAAGCGAGAAACACCCGAUGAAAAUGGUAAAACCCAGAGAGCUGAGGAUUUUGUCUUGAAGAAAAUCAAGAAGAAAAAGAAAAAGAAACACCGAGAAGAUAUGCGAGGAAGACGCCUUAAAAUGUACAAUAAGGAAGUACAAACUGUCUGUGCUGGCCUGACCCGUAUCAGUAAGGAAAUUCUCACCCAAGGACAAAUAAAUAGCACUUCAGGAGUUAAUAAGGAGUCCUUCAGGUAUCUGAAAGAUGAACAGCUGUGCCGGUUAAAUUUGGGCAUGCAAGAAUAUCGGGUACCCCAGGGAGUACAAACACCUUUUAUGACUCACCAGGAACAUUCUAUUCGUAGAAAUUUCUUGAAAACAGGUACUAAAUUUAGCAACUUUAUUCAUGAGGAACACCAGUCCAAUGGUGGUGCUCUUGUCCUUCAUGCUUAUAUGGAUGAACUCUCAUUUUUGUCUCCAAUGGAGAUGGAGAGAUUUUCGGAAGAGUUUCUUGCUUUGACAUUCAGUGAAAAUGAGAAAAAUGCUGCGUACUAUGCUUUAGCAAUAGUGCAUGGGGCGGCUGCUUAUCUCCCAGACUUCUUGGAUUACUUUGCUUUUAAUUUCCCCAACACUCCAGUGAAAAUGGAAAUUCUGGGCAAGAAAGAUAUCGAAACAACCACCAUUUCAAAUUUUCACACUCAGGUCAAUAGGACAUACUGCUGUGGCACCUACAGAGCAGGUCCGAUGCGGCAGAUAAGUCUUGUUGGAGCAGUAGAUGAAGAAGUUGGGGAUUAUUUCCCAGAGUUCCUUGAUAUGUUAGAAGAAUCACCAUUUCUGAAAAUGACUUUGCCCUGGGGAACACUUUCCAGUCUCCGACUCCAGUGUAGGUCCCAGAGUGAUGAUGGGCCUAUUAUGUGGGUACGGCCUGGAGAGCAGAUGAUUCCAACAGCAGAUAUGCCAAAGUCACCCUUCAAAAGACGACGAUCAAUGAAUGAAAUUAAAAAUCUCCAGUACCUACCUCGGACCAGUGAACCCCGUGAAGUUCUCUUUGAAGAUAGGACAAGAGCGCAUGCUGAUCAUGUGGGUCAGGGGUUUGACUGGCAGAGUACGGCAGCUGUUGGGGUUUUGAAAGCUGUACAGUUUGGUGAAUGGAGUGACCAGCCUCGAAUAACCAAAGAUGUAAUUUGUUUUCACGCUGAGGAUUUUACAGAUGUUGUACAGAGACUUCAAUUAGACCUUCAUGAACCUCCAGUUUCCCAGUGCGUACAGUGGGUGGAUGAAGCCAAACUAAACCAAAUGAGGCGGGAAGGCAUUCGUUAUGCUAAAAUCCAACUCUGCGACAAUGAUAUUUACUUCAUCCCUAGAAAUGUCAUUCAUCAGUUCAAAACAGUGUCAGCAGUGUGCAGCUUAGCCUGGCAUAUAAGGCUUAAACAGUACCACCCUGUUGUGGAAGCCACUCAGAACUCAGACAACAGUUCUGAUGUGGACUGUAGUUUACCUGGAAAUCAAGAGUUAGAAGUUGACUCCCAGUGUGUGAGAAUAAAAACUGAAUCUGAGGAAACCUGUACAGAGAGGAAGCUGUUGGCCACUGCUUCAUCCUCCUUCCCACCUUCUUCAGAACUUAAUCUCCAGCAAGGUCAGAUGACUCAACCGAUUCCAGUUCUAAAGGUGGAAAGUAGACUGGACUCCGACCCGCAACAUAAUCUGCAGGAACAUUCAAGCACUCCUGUGUGAUUUGUACAUAUUCAAACACAUUUUUUAACUUUUUUAAAUUUUGAUGUGAAGUUAUAGUUUUAUAACUGGCUUAAGUUAAGUUUUAUUGGAGAAAUCUUGCCUAUAAUUCUAUAAAGAGAAAUGACAUUCCACAAAUGUCAAGCAUAUCUUUUUUACACAGAUUAUGCAAAGUUAAGAGUUGUAUCUUAUCCCGUUAGUACAGUACGUAAUAGUGGGUCUGCUGCUACUUUCUGUUUUAAGGUGUGAGGUAACAAUUCAAUCUCUUCUUCAAAUCAACAUGCAAAUUCUCUGGAAUAACAGAUUCUUAUUUGGUAAAUUAUUUAGAUCCCUGAUUUUAUCUUGCCCUGCCUCUUGCCAUAUUUGCUGUUUUACAGACGACCAGGCUUACAACUUAGGUCUUUAUGGCAUAGAAUGAAUUUCUAGAGUAAAAAUGGCAUAAGGUUGCAGAGAGAAUCCCUGCAUCUUCUACAUGGGCAAAUAAGUUUAGUUCCAAACAUUAAAACAAAAACAGUCUACAAAAAA